CAGGAGUCAAGAGACAAUCACGCGCAUUUGACAACUUAGGAGCGGUUUACUUAUCCAUAGGGAAGACUACACAAUUGUUCAGUCGGUGCAUUUUGCAUCGAUUCUCACCAUAUCGACCAUUUAUAAGUGACAUGUUGCCGUUUUUCGCUUGAGCACAAGACACUUUCGCGCGCGUUUGGAACAGUGUGCAUCGUGCGCGGUCUCCAGUUCACUUUAGAUAUUUUACAUCAGAAGAUUUCUGGACAUUUUCGCCAUGGCACCGCCACAGAACGGAUCUAACCUAACGGGGAACUUUACAAACCAGUUUGUGCAGCCGCCGUGGCGCGUCGCGCUCUGGUCUGUCGCGUACAGCUCCAUCCUGGCGAUCGCGGUGUUCGGGAAUCUGAUCGUCAUGUGGAUCAUUCUGGCUCACAAGCGGAUGCGAACCGUCACCAAUUACUUUCUGCUCAACCUGGCGUUUUCAGACGCAUCGAUGGCCGCCUUCAACACUUUGAUUAAUUUUGUUUAUGCCACGCACGGUGACUGGUAUUUUGGAGAAGCCUACUGUAAAUUUCACAACUUUUUCCCCGUCACCUCCGUGUUUGCCAGCAUUUACUCAAUGAGCGCAAUAGCAGUCGACAGGUACAUGGCCAUCAUCCAUCCCCUGAAACCACGGCUCUCAGCCACAGCCACUAAGGUGAUCAUUGUGUGUAUUUGGGUGCUGGCUGUGGUUUUGGCCUUUCCUCUGUGUUUCUUUUCAACCAUCAAAAAAUUACCCAAGCGGACUCUCUGCUACGUUGCCUGGCCCAGACCUUCAGAGGACCCUUUCAUGUAUCAUAUCAUAGUGGCAUUGCUGGUGUACGUUCUGCCCCUGGUGGUCAUGGGAAUUACCUACACUAUUGUCGGGUUGACGCUUUGGGGAGGAGAGAUUCCUGGAGACUCAUCAGACAACUAUCAGGGCCAACUGCGAGCCAAAAGGAAGGUGGUGAAAAUGAUGAUCAUCGUAGUGGUGACCUUUGCCAUCUGCUGGCUGCCAUACCAUGUAUAUUUCCUUGUGACGGGGUUGAACAAGCAGCUGGUUAGGUGGAAGUUCAUUCAGCAGAUCUAUUUGUCAGUCAUGUGGCUUGCCAUGAGCUCCACCAUGUACAACCCCAUUAUUUACUGCUGCCUGAACAGUAGGUUUCGGGCCGGAUUUAAACGGGUUUUCCGCUGGUGCCCUUUUGUGCGGGUGUCAGACUACGACGAGCUUGAGCUGCGGGCCAUGCAGCAUAAAGUAGCGCGCCAGAGCAGCAUGUACACACUCUCACGAAUAGAGACCACCGUCGUAGCCGUGUGUGACCCCUCAGAGCCAACCGGCCACCCAGGCCGGAAGAGCCUUCACAACCACCAGCACAACGGCUGCUCCCACCCCACCAAGAGCAAAGAAGUAACAUAUAUGCCGAGCGACCUGAAGGAGGAAUUCUGCUGAGAUGGACUUUGACGUAAGAUUCAUUCUGAAGUAUCAAGCACAGCCAUUUUAAAAAGCCUCAUUCUGUAAAUUGGAAGGAGGUGAUGAGAAUUGAAAACUAGACUAUUUAAUUGUGUCAUAUCUAAGUCAACCCCAGCACUCAUCACCACAAAGACCAAUAUUGUCCAACAUCUGAGGAGCACUUUGUCAAUAGCAGAAAUUGUAUAUAGCGUCUGCCCUUUGAUGCCAAUCAGGUCCUGUUCUCUUUCAUCAUGCGGUUAGCAAGGUUAGCAUGCUACCUGAAUGCCAAAGUUUUGAUUUCUCCCACGAGCUGAACGCUCAAUGCUUGUUAAAAUCUCUCAUGUUUGAAAAGGUUGAGACCGAUCCUGAGCUGGUAAAUGAGCAGGUGUGUUUCCAGCACACGAGCUGCUUGGCUGAACCGUGUAGGGAAAUUUGUUAGCUUCAUAUUCUUCCCUGUUUAAUCUAAAACAUUUAAUGUAAUUGAUGAGAUGGUAAACCAAUUGUGCGUCAGCUAAUUAGCAUAGCAAAGAUCCAUUUUGAAAUUUGACCUUGUUGUAGACUGCUACUGCACUACUGCAGUGUGUAUGUGCAGUAUGCAGAUUUUCUGUUUGCAUGGAAUAACUGAAUGACUUGUUCAUUUGGCAGAGAGCACUGCAUGGGAUGCUGUAUCCCAAAAUGCUAUGCGUAUUGCUUUUCAUGACCAUUCAUUUCCAAUGUGAUGAAAGGACUGUCAGUUUUCUUUGUUGUUACGUUGUUUCAUUGGUCUGCUGAUCAAAAUUUUAUUUGUUUCUACAAUGACUAGGCGCUAUAUGCUAAAUUAAACAUGGACAGAGCAAGGUCUUGUUAAAAUACUGUAGCAUUAUGCUGUUUGAAAUGUUUGCAUAAUGUGUACUGUGGCACAUGCCAUUUUUGAAAUAUAAUAUGCAGUGCAUACAGUGUUGUGCAUUAGAUUUGGCCAAAAUGCAGUACAUGAAAUAUUAUUACAGUUUAAUAUAACAGAUGUAUAUAUAUUUAGUUUUCAGCAUCAUUACUCCAGUCUUCAGUGUCACAUGAUCCUUCAGAAAUCAUUCUAAUAUGUUGAUUUGCUGCUCAGGAAACUAUCCUAUCUUUACAACAAUUGAAAAUGGUUGUGUUGCUUAAUGCAUUUUUUCUUACAGGAUUCUUUGAUGGAUACUUCAAAAGUCUGUCGUGACAUUGGAAAUGUCUUACUGUUAUUUUGAUCACUAUAAUGCAUCCUUGAUGAAUAUAAUUAUUAAUUACUAACCUUAAUAUACUUCAAUUUCACAUUUGCAUAUAGUAUAUAUAAAAUUAAAUAAAAUUAGUUUAAAUAAAACUCUUAAUCAAAACGAAUACAAUGCAAAAUGAAUCAGCUAAUGCCUAAUCAGCCCAGUCAAUUAAUCAGUUCAACUGACUAGUACGAAAUAUACUAGUGUAUUUGAUCCAGAACAUAGCCAGGGUGUUAGAUGACUGUGACUACAUCUGCACUAAUCUGGAUGCAUCUAAAAAUGGUGUUUUCAUUUCAAACCAUCCACAGAUUUUUCUCUUCCACACGGAAAUGUGAUAGGAUGAUACAGAGAGACCACACAUAAGUUCUCACUGUAUUCAUCUACCACAAUCUUUUUAUUACCAAAAUGUAUCGCAAUCAAUCGCCAUUAGUUUAAAAAAGCAACUGCCCUCAUGUUUUGCCACAGGACAGCAUGUGCAAUACAUUUUCUAUCAUCUUUGCAGAAAUGGAAUAUGAAGAUGGAAUAAAGUAGCAUAUCUUUAACAACAUUGUAAAAGUGUAUAACGGACACAUAUCAGUAUAAACAUGAAUAUCUUACCUCAUCGUACCUCUCUGUUUUCAAAUUUAUCCUUUUGGGAGAGCAUCUUCAAAAAGAUAUGUUUUCGUACACCAAAAAUGGCAUCUAAGUGUAGAAACAAGGCCAAACAGAGAAAAAGACACAGCUUCAAAUGUAUUCAGAUUAGUUUAGACAUAGUUUGUGUUUUUCUUGUGACGUAUUUCUGCAAAGAAAAAUAGGUGCUAUUUUUGGUUUAAAGUCAGUCACCUUUUUGCAGCUGGCAACUAUAUUCUAGGAGCAAUGCUGGUGUAACUAAUUGCUUAUCUGCUAGCUGAGUGACUGGCACAGACUAUAACUGAAUGUUAUAGUGAUGAUUAUAGUGUAAAACCUCUUAUCGACCUUACGGUCGCACGGCUUCCAUUACAGAUCAACACCUCAUAUUGUUUUCUAAUCAUUAACCUCCUAAUCUUUGUACAUUCUUCAUUCUACCCAUUACUUCUUAUUUUUCAGAUUUCAUUGAAACUCUGCCGGAAAGCUGGUGUUUUGUUUGUACUGUUCAGUGAAGCUUCCGGCUGAGCAGCAGUGAGGGGUCUGUUUCUCAAACUAUUUUUGUCCUCUUGUUGCUGAACAUUGUGCCGUCCACAUUCUGUCCUGGUUAAAUCUAGUUUACUUUCUUCUUCAAAGACAGUAGUCAUUGAACAGCCUUCAUCUCACGAAAGAACAGGCGAUGAUGUUUCUAGGAAAAAAAUAUGUUUGUGCCUGGCCUUUUCCAAAACAAGAUAUGACAAAUAUGUUUCGGAAAGUGGAAAAACAAACAAACAUUGUAUUAUUGUUUCCACAUGGAUUUCUCAAGUACUAAAGUAGGCUACAUUAGAAGGGAUUCUUAAUUUAUGUAACAAAAGACUGGAGUAAUGGCUGAUAGAAGUGAGGCUUUGCAUGUAUCAGAAGUAAAAAUUUCGUAAAUAUAAAUGUUAAAAGUAUAAAGUAUAGUUAUAUAAACAGUUAUAAUAUUUUAAUAACACUAUUUUAUUAUUAUUGCUGUUGUCAUACCUCAUUUGUUUGUAGUCUUGUCAAAAAAAGAAAAAGAAAAAAAACAAACAAACAAACCCAAAUCAAUCAGGUUGAAGAUAAAAGGUUUUCCUUCAAAUGAAGGAAAGAAUUCCAAUACCUGGAUGAACCUUACCUUGUUCAGCCUUGGAGUGACGCAAGUGCCCCAUUUAAAUUUCUCUCUUAUCUUGUCCUUAGGUUGUUUGUACUUGACUCUCAUGAAUCAUGAUAGACUCCAAGUCUGUGCUUUUAUUUUAAGCUCUGUGUUAUGGGAAUCUGGAGGGCUCAUAUAUUUAAACAGGUUAAUACUUUUCCCCCAAAAAUAAAAAUUCUGUUAUUUACUCAUCCUAAUGUUGUUCCAAACAUGUACGGAAUCCCUUUUUUUUCUGCGGAACAUGAAAUAAUAUAUGUUAAAGCAUGUUGGUAAGAGUGACCAUUGGCUUCCAUUGUAUGGACAAUAUGUAACUCAAAUUAUUUACAAAAAGUAAAUAAAGAAUGACAUUUGCAGCAACAUGAGGGUGAGUAAAUGAUCCCUAGAGUUGAUGUUUGUUAUUCUAAAUUUGCAUAGAUCACACUCCCAGUGGAAGUUUCUCCAGCAGAGUAUAUUGUUUUCCUCCAUUCUCUUCAUUUUACCCAUUUAGAAGCAAUUAUGAGGUAAUCCAUCACUAAUAAACACAAAACAAGAUCUAUAGCUGGCUUAGUCAUAGGCAAUGAUAGGUAAGGAGUGCUUGCCACAAACCUGACUCUUAAGUUGUUCCUUAGAAAACAUGUCUGGAGGCCUUGGUAUGCUCACCCUCACUGCACCACCAAUUGCAAGUUUAAUGGAUUUUUUUUCCAGGUGAGGAAAGCCAGCUGUGGCCACUCAGAUAAAAAUGGUUUAUGCUCACUGUUUGUGGAUGUGUGCACCCAAACACGUAUGCAUAAGUACAUGCGUACAGCAUUUAUUCAUCGUAAUACAGUGAAUUGUUUUGUUUUAAUAAUUGUAAUUGUAAUGUUUGUGGUUUUUUUCAUACAAUUUUCUCCCACUCUGUGUCCUUCUUUUGGUAAAACGUAGGUUAGAUUAAUGUGGGCAAAAUAAAAGUAUGCCAGCCUUUAAGAAAAAAAAAAAAAAACUAAUACCAUUUAUUAUUAUUAUUAUUAUUAUUAUUAUUAUUAUUAUUUACAGAAAAAACUAUGUGAAUCUCUGUAAAUAUCCUUGAUAACUCAAGAUUAAGAAAUUAAUGAAAAAUUGUA